UCUCGAUGGUACAUCCUAUCAUUAGAGUUGCCUCUAUGCCAGCGUGGCUGCACAAGGUGACUCACAUUCACAUUUGAGUCUCGUCCAAGUGAAUUUAUCAUCUAUAUAAACCCUUUUACCGACCCGUCCAAAGUCCACCAUCAACUAUCCUUUCUCUUUAUUUCAUCUAGCCCAAAAUGUUCAUCCCAUCCGUCCAUGCGGAGACAGACACCCCUGUCCUCCAUCAAUUCAUCCGCGAAAACCCCCUAGGAAUGCUAAUCACAGGACUCAAAUCCUCUCAAGACUUUCUACAAUGCACUCACGUCCCCUUCAUCCUAGACUUCCCCGAGGAAACCAACGACUCUGCGCCUCUGGGCCGCCUACGCGCCCAUAUCGCCAAGCAAAACCCGCAAGUAAAAGCCAUGAUCGAGGCCCUAGAGACCAAGCUUAACGUUCUAGACCUCGAAGACGAAGUUCUGGUGGUCUUCAACGGGAGGCACGAUCACUACGUGACCCCUAAAUACUAUAUCGAAACUAAGCCCGACUCGGGGAAAGUCGUUCCGACGUGGAAUUACGUCGCGGUGCAGGUUUAUGGCAAGCUGUCCCUUCACUAUGAUUCGAAGACGGCUGAGGCGGGGGAGUUUCUCGCGAAGCAGAUUCGGGAUCUUUCGAUGCAUACUGAGACGUCUGUUAUGGGGUAUACUGGUGGGGAACGGCCGCAGCCGUGGAAGGUGGAGGAUGCUCCGGAGAGGUAUAUUGAGUUGAUGCUGAGGAAUAUUGUUGGGGUUGAGAUUCGGAUUGAGAAGAUUCAGGGCAGGUUUAAAAUGAGCCAGGAGAUGCGGGCGGGCGAUCGGGAGGGUGUGGUGAAUGGGUUUGCGAGAUUGGGCAGCGAGAUGGGUGAGGCUAUGUCGGCUUUAGUUAGAGAGCGUGGUGUGCUACAUGAUGGGAAGAAGGGGAAGGUUUGAGGAAUGGGGAUCCAAAUACGGACUAUUUUAGAACAUUUCAGCUCGCGAAUUU